UUAUCCAUUGCUGAUCAGUAACAAUUUUGAGCUACUCGAAGACGGUAGAAUUUGAAACAUCCUCAACAUUUUAAGUGCGAAUUUAAACUUGUCGGCAAUAUUAAAAAGGAACAUUUGUAAAUAAGAUGGAUACGUCGCAUUUGAGUUUGUACUGCAGCUUACUUCUCAUAUUUAUCUACAUUGUGGCUCCAAUAGCUGUGGAGGUUCAGACCCAUGGUCACCUAUUCCAUCCACCAACUGAAGAACACCACAGAAGCGAAGAAAAACAAGACCUUACGAAGAUACCCGGCGUCCCUGGCGUAGAUUACCCUAUUUACCAUGAAGUGCCUCAUACGAAUUUCCACUGUGCCAAUGUACCUGCUGUGCCGGGAAUGUAUGCAAAUAUUGAGACCGGGUGUCAGGCCUACCAUGUUUGCCACGAUGGACGGGAAGGUCAUCAAGGUGCUUCAUUCCUCUGCACCAACGGCACUAUUUUUAACCAAAAGGAGUUUGCGUGCGACUGGUGGUACAACGUGAAAUGCGACGAAGCGUUUACCUACUAUCACUUGAACACAGACCCAAGGCAUAAUCCCUACUUCCAGAAAACAAAUGAAUUGGAAGAGAAUCACCAUGAAUCGGAGGGAUUCCAUAUCCACGCUUGAAGGGAUCGUGUAAUCAUCUCAUUGAAUAUGUAUAUGUCACUUGUUUAUAUGUAUUUAGUUGUUAAUUUUUUACAUAAAAUCAUAUUCACUGCUUAAUAA